AAGGGCAACUCACAGCCAGCCAGCCCCAGGCCAGACCAGCCCAGGCCCAGUGUCUCUCGGGACGUGGUGGGGAGAGGAUGUGUGUUGCCCUUCUCUCCUUCCCCUCUUGUGCUUGUGUGUAGGUGUUGGUUAUUGUGUCCUGUGGCCCCACCUGCGUGUUGUGUCGUGCCUGUGCAGUGUUGAGGUGUCUGUGGGUGUGUUGCGAAGGUGUGUGCGGGUGGCGGUGCAAAAGCGGUGCUACUUCAAGGGAAUCAAAAGUCGUCCCGGUCCUCUCCGCCUGUCAGUCCCUCGAGAUAGUUAAAAGCUUCCCCCGUCAGUGAUGUAAACAAAGAGAUACCCAGUCAUCUCUUUCUUGGGACUGUCGUGAUAUUUCUCUUUUGCGCGAAGUGAGUGACUGACAGAGAGAGAGAGAGAGAGAGAGAGAGAGAGAGAGAGAGAGAGAGAGAGAGAGAGAGAGAGAGAGAAACACACAAUGCCUCAAUCGCAAAACAAAAACAACGAAAUGAACCAAAACAAACAACACCAGCUACAACCAAACACGAACCGUACCAAGGCCAAGAUGAACCAAAAGACACCAACUCUAAACCAACUACUCAAUUAGACCGUCCCAGACCCUCCUAGUCCUUCCCAAUGUUACCUGUGGACGUACCUGACUACUGGAAGACACUAUGAGGCAGCGGGACCAGGAAGUGCAAGGGAAGAGGGGAGACAAGGGGAAAUGAGGGAUGCAACAAGAGGCCCUGGAUUGAGGAUAAGAACUUUGCUGGUGGGAUUGGUGGUGGUGCUCGUUCAGGGGCCUUCCGUCACCGCUGGGCUGAGUACAGGGCAGUGUGGAGGCGCCCUUGGAAUGCAGUCAGGCGCAAUCCCAGAUGAGCAUAUUUCUGCCUCCUCCUACUUCGACGCCGCUGUCAACGCUAUCUACGGGAGAGCCCACGUGGAGGUCGGGGGUGGCGCGUGGUGUCCCCGGGAGAUGGUGUACAGGGAGGGCACAGAAUACCUGGAGGUGAAUCUAGGAGCGCCGCAUCUAGUGACGAAGGUAGAGGUGCAGGGGCGCUUCGGGAACGGCCAGGGCAGGGAGUUUGCUCGUCAGUAUAAGCUGCAACUGUGGCGACCUGGUUUAUCACACUGGGUCACCUAUAUCGACUCCAGAGGUCAGCAGCUUCUAGAGGGGAACAGCAACACGUACCUGGCCCACCCCUCGCCCCUCCACCCCCCCGUCGUCGCCUCCCGCGUGAGGUUUGUGCCCCACAGUGACCACCCGCGCACUGUCUGUAUGCGAGUCGAGCUUUACGGAUGCCACUACACAGGCGGCCUCGUGUCCUACUCUAUGCCUGACGGAGACGCACGUGGGGGAACUGACCUGAGCCUCCGUGACCUGACCUAUGACGGGGUGAAGCGCGAUGGCUGGCUCAGAGGCGGCCUGGGUCAACUCACGGAUGGGGAAACAGGUCACACUAACUUCAAGGUCAACGCGCAGGGUCAAAACAAAGGAUACGAGUGGGUGGGGUGGAGGAAUGACACGAGAGGAGGGCAGCCCAUUAACAUAACCUUUUCCUUCGACGCCCCACGGAAUUUCUCAGGUGUCUACAUAUACUCCAAUAAUCUGUUCACAAAGGAGACUCAGGUGUUCUCAAAGGUAAAGAUUCUGUUUAGCAUGGAGAUGGAGAAGGAAGAGAACGAGAGGAGAGAGAAACAGAAAAGAGAGGAAACUAAACGGACAAGUGGAAGAGAAAGUGGAACAGGUGGAGGUACAGGUGGAGGUACAGGUGGAUUCGACGCUCACCCACCUGUUAUUUUCGAGUACGUGGUGGAUCGGAUCUUCGAGAACGCUAGAAACGUGACAAUCCGACUGCCGAACGUGACAGCGAGGAGUGUGAGACUGCAGCUGUUCUUCGCCCUUCGCUGGAUACUCAUUUCUGAAGUCACCUUUGAGUCUGUGCCCUGCGCCUGCAACCUGACAGAGGAGACUCAGGUCGCCGUCAGCGGCGCGGCGCCUCGCGGAGAUGCAGGUCGCGCCCCCACUACCUCCGCGAGUCCCACCCUGGGCCCCGCACCCCCAGGCCAGUCCCCCGUGGUGCCGGCGCGAGCCCCCGCGCCGGGUCUGCUGGUUGGCGGGCUGGCGGCGCUGGGCGUUGUGUUCGGCGUUCUGCCCGUGGCGGCGUGCCUCCUGCAUCACCGCGCCCGCCUCGCACGGCGCUCCAAGACGCCGCUUGCCGCGGACCCCCACAAGGUCUCCAUGAAGAUGAAAGAUUUUCACAUCAACGUCAACCUGACAGCUGGGGCGGCGGGGCUGUCCCGCGCCCGUGGCGGCGAACUGUACGGCCGAGUGGCGCUACAGGACCCCGCCGCGGGGCCUUACCAGGAGCCCCAUCCUCUCAUGCCCGCCCACCCUGACUCCAUCAAGGGCCCCACCACCACUGACACCGACGACUCCGUCGAUUACGCCGUGCCAGACCUCACCCUCACGUCCCCCACGCCUUUCCCCGAGGCGUGGAGGCCUCCGCUGCCCCUCACCCGCCCGCCCUCCACACUGCCGCCCCCCGCCCAGCACUACGCCGCCACGCAGCUAUGCCACGCCUCUAGCAUCCAGGGCGUCACCGGCUGCGUCAUCUACGCCACAGCGGACGAGGCUGGCGUGAGCGGCGCAGGGCCCAGCGGCGCGCUGCCCGAGCCAGCGGUGCCCGAGGUGGCGCCCCACCAGGUGCGGGUGCUGGAGGCGCUGGGCGAGGGAAAGUUUGGCACCGUCACACUGUGCGAGGUGGAGGGCCUGGAGGGCGGGCCACGCCUGGCGGCCAUGAAGAGCCUCAGGAUGGGCGCGGCUGAGGGCACCAAGAAGGACUUCCGGCAGGAAGCGCGCGUGCUGGCGCGUCUGCACGACCCCAACAUCGUGCGCUUGGUGGGCGUGGUGACGCGCGCCGAACCCCUGGCGCUUCUGCUGGAGUACAUGGUGCACGGUGACCUCUAUCAGUUCUUGCGCCGCCACCGCUGCGGGCCAGAGGGCGCCGAGGACCUCCCUGAGCUGAGUUACGGCGCCUUGGUGUACGCGGCGCUGCAGGUGGCGUCCGGCAUGACGCACCUAGAGACCCUGGGCGUGGUGCACCGUGACCUGGCUGCGCGAAAUUGCCUGGUGGGCGAGGCGCUCACCAUCAAGAUCUCAGACUUCGGCAUGAGUCGUCCGCUGUACUCCAGCGACUACUACCGCCUGGGCGAGGGCCGCGCCCUGCUGCCCAUCAGGUGGAUGGCAUGGGAGUCCAUCCUGCACGGCAGGUUCUCCACUAAGAGUGACGUGUGGGCCUUCGGCGUCACCCUGUGGGAGGUGUUCACCCUGGCGCGGCGUCAGCCCCAUGCUGACCUCAGCGACGACCAGGUGCUAGAGAAUGUGUCACGCUGCUACCUGGGCGACGGCGUACCCAUGAUGACGCUGCCGCAGCCGCCGUUAUGCCCAAGGGAGAUGCACGACAUGAUGACCGCCUGCUGGAGGCCUGCGGCGCGCCAGAGGCCGCCCUUCUGGGAGGUGCUGCUCUUCCUACGCCGCAAGAACCUCGGCUACACUUUGGACUACACUGGCUGAGCCACGCCCCCGCCUCCCCAUCCCACACCCAGGGACCGUGCUACUCACCCAGGGUGAGGCGCCACUCCCCGGGGUCCACACAAAGUAACACCUGGCCGCACGCCCAGUUAGCCGCCGCUAUCGCCACCGCCACAGACAGACUGCCUCCCCGCGUGGCGCCUCCACGCCCGCACCACAGCAAAGCCGCUCAGACUCAAGUAUCGAAUCAAACGAAGCAGUGAAGCAGCGCUGCCCCGCGUUGAGCGGUGCGGGGCGGCGGCGUGUGAUCCAUCUGUGAUAUAUUAUAGUCAAGGAGUGUGCGCCAGGCCACGCUGGGACGCCGCCUCACCGCCGCCACACCACCAUACCACCACACCGCGGCGUCACGAACCACCAGCGAAUGCUAAAGACUGUUAGUGAGCAUGACGCCACGACGGUGACGAGAAGACUGACCGGUGCCAUGGCAGGCGCGGCGCGUGCAGCCACCAGCAGCCUCCCGUGCACUCCUGCCCGCGGUGCCACACCACACACCCUCAGCCAACCAACCAACCAACCAACAAACAAACAAACAAACAAACACGUAACCCAAGGCUCUGCCACCAACACUUCUAGUCAGUGACAGACAUGAACACAGGAAAAAAAAAACGAUAACAAUAACUAAACAAGUGAUAAAAAUAACUAAAUAAGCAAAAUUCAGACAAACAAACAGCCGGAAAUCCUGCAAAGCAGCAACACAAACCACACAAACCAGACAAACCCAAAAUAAACCAAGCAAGCAGCAGCAGCAGCAGCAGCAGCAGAAGCAGCAGCAGAAGCAGCAGCGGCAGCAGCCAAUGCGAAGGACCACACCUUGUCAAUUGUUAGUUUUAAUCGUGACUUUCAAUUUUGGAUCUUUGAGUAUCACUUUUUGUACCACACGGCCAAACCACGUCACGACACUCCCCCCUACCCCCACACCUCACUCCCCACUUCCCACUCCCCACUCCCCACUCCCCAUCCCCCUCACUCACAUACCCCUCCCCAACACACCCACUACCCCCACACAUUCCCCUUAUUUCUCUCUCUCUCUCUCUCUCUCUCUCUCUCUCUCUCUCUCUCUCUCUCUCUCUCUCUCUCUCUCUCUCUCUCAUUCCUUUCUUUAUUCUCUAUUCUCUCACCUUUCAAUCCCUUCCUGUUACAUUUUCUAAUCUACUUUCCUAUCCAUCCUACUUAUCAUUUCCUUCUCUUCCUCCUCUCUUCCUCUUCCUCCUCCUCUAACCUGCUUCUAAAUAGUUUCCUCCUUUCUCUCUCCUCUCUCUACGCAUCCACAUAGCGAAUUCCCCCUUCCUCCUCCUCCUCCUCCUCCUCCUCCUCCUCCUCCUCCUCCUCCUCCUCCUCCUCCCCACUCCCCCCACAUAUCAACAGCGCCUUCACCCUCCAACUAAUUACAUAUCACAUUUGCAUAAUCAAACCCGCACCUGAUUGCGCAGAGGGUCAUUAUUAUUAUUAUUAUUAUUAUUAUUAUUAUUAUUAUUAUUAUUAUUGUUAUUGUUAUUAUUAUAGGCUUUUUAUCGUGGAGUUUUACAUUCUCUCUCUCUCUCUCUCUCUCUCUCUCUCUCUCUCUCUUUCGAUUAAUGAAAUAUGAAUUUUAACUAUUUUUAUACCUAAUUAUCUGCGCAAUUUCGUGUGAAUUUCAAUAAUUGUUGUUGUUUGUUCUUUUUCUACAUGUCAAUUUGUCUGUCUGUUCGUGUGUGUGUGUGUGUGCGCCUGUGCGUGUUUGUGUGUGCGUGCGUGCGUGUGCGUGUUUGUGUGUGUGUGUGUUCGUGUUUGUGUGUGUGUGUGCGUGUGUUCAUAGUCCUUUUUCUAAGCGCACUGUUGCUAUAUGUACUACGUGUGUGUGUGUGUGUGUGUGUGUGUGUGUGUGUGUGUGUGUGUGUGUGUGUGUGUGUGUGUGUGUGUGUGUG